UAUAUGCGAAAUGACAGAUGAAAGAAAAAUUCUCGCAUAUAAACAGAAGACAUUUUUUUUUCUUCUUUCUUUCCAUCGAGUGAAUAAGUUUUUUUCAUCAAUUUCCAAUUAAUUCCGCCGAGUAAUGGGUGAUAAACAACCACUGCCCUACGAUAAUGUAGAGUUUGAUUGGAUUCAGCUUAGCGCUGACAUCGACAACGAACCAGUAGAGACAUUCUAUGAGAAAACUAAGCGAAAAUUUUCAGAGAAUCCUUUUGUUCCAAUUGGUGCAUUUGGUGCUGUUGGCGCUUUAACCUAUGGUCUGGUGUCCAUGACCAGAAAUGAUCAAAGAGCUUCUCAAAUUGCGAUGAGAGCUCGUGUUGGUUUCCAAGGCUUUGCAUUGGCUGCAUUGAUAGUUGGAUAUAUGUACGGACCACCGCCACCCAAACGAAAUGUCAAAUAGCCAUUUUACCCGUAGAUUUUAAAUUGUUUAUAUUCUCUCUGAAUAGAAAUGAUAAUAUAGUGUAAAUUUAGGCAUUUUAAAAUUUCUAAUUGACUGAUGUGCAUAUUUAAGGUUCAUAUUAAAGAAGUCAUAUUGGAUUUUUUUUUAGAUUAA